AUGACAGGGCAGUGUGUAUGUAAACUUGGCGUGACUGGACUAACCUGCAAUAGGUGUGCAAGGGGCUACCAGCAGAGCAGAUCCAGUGUCACGCCAUGUAUAAGGGAAUGUCAAAAGUGCAAGGUGACUGUGAAGAAGCUCAAUCAAAGAAAGUUUUGCAAACAUAAUUACGUCUUCCAAAUACUUGUUGCUGGCAAAGAAAUGGUCGAUAACUGGGCAAGAUAUCACAUAGUCAUCGAAAACGUUUUCAAGAGAGGAACGCAUGGUUACCGGAGUGGUACCUCUCUAUGGAUCUCACCUCGAUCGGUCUGGUGCAAGUGUCCGAAGAUCCGCACAGGCCGUCGCUACGUCAUUCUUGGUGAGUAA